CAAUAUUAUCGCACAAAUCUCUGCUGAACAGUAUAAAAACCAACUCGAAAUCUCAAACGUUCGAAUUGACUUCGGUUUCUUCCAGACAUGAAGUUCCUCGCAGCUAUAGCGUUCCUUGUACUUGGAGUGGCUUAUGCGCACCACUCAGCCGAACAUGAACUGAGAUACCCACAGUUCCAUCCUGGACUGUCUCACCUGUAUGGUUUGACUAUCAACAUGACAGCUGGUGUUCCAGGCCUCAGCUCCCAAGUUUCUAAAGCAGUCAUUUUUGGAGAAGUCAUAAUUUUCGCCAAGACAGAAAACGAACUUGUCCUCAAAUUCGAUCAUGUAGAAGCUAGUGGUUCUUUGCCUGGAGUGUCAAGCAAAACUCAGCUUCUUGAAUACAAUGAACAGAAUUCUUUGAGAGAGGAGUUGCAAGUUCCAACUUAUGCCAAAUAUCAAGAUGGAAAGAUUGUCGAAUACAGUCAGAAUACAGCAGAAUCUUUGCUUGCACAAAAGAUCAGAAGAACUGUUUGGCGAAAUCUUCAAGUGCACAUUGACGAGAAGUACACCGGAAGCGAUGCCGUGAAAGAAUGGCCAAUCACGUACAACCUUACAAGGAGCUCUCCUGCAGGCAAGUACAAGUCUCACUAUGCCAUAACCGUUAGUCCUUUCAUAGAGUGGCCGAAGUCCCAGAACGUCUAUAACAUCAGUCGAUUCGACAACUUUGAAGGAGUUCCUUACAUUGCAUACAAGUACCACCACAACUUCGAAAAACAGGGAUGCCCAGAAGUUUGCACAAAGGAACAUAUCGAAAAUAGAUUUGGGUCUGGAUGCCCCAAUGGACACGAACCUCAUCACGGUUUGAUCAAGAGGUCUUUCACACAACAACACAACUUGAAACUUUCCGACAGACUCCCAAAAAUCCUCAUCUUUGACAGUGUUUACACCAAAGAAACCCACCUCGCCAAUGUUUAUGAACAAGACUUGGAUGUCACAGUCGAGUCUACUCUCGAGUAUGAGAUGGCAAAUAAUGAAAAAUUGGAUUACAAUAAAGAGCAGUUAGUUAAAACAGACCUCGAUGAUCUUACACAAGAAGUUCAAGAAUCAGAGUGGGAAGAUCUCUGCCAGUACCCACAAACGCGAGAAAUAAUUAACGAUGCGAAGAGACUACUGAGAGAAACUGCUGACGUCAUCUUAGCUGAUGAAAACCAGAGUGAAAAAUCAAAAGAAGUUGGAAGAAAUGUAGUUACCAUUCAAAAAAUAAUGCAGAGAUUCAAGAUUGGCGAUUUCAGAACACUCAGAGAUUUCAUUAAGAGUUAUCACCAACUGGAAACAGCAACCGAACAAGAAAAAAUCGUAAGGCAACUCUGGUUGGAUAUCUUGCCAACUGUUGGAACUGACGAUUCCGUUACCUUUAUCGUGACACACAUCAAUGAAAACAUCGACAUCGAUGUGAGAGAAAUCUCAUUCUGGGAAUCAAAAUCCGUUUUGGAAGCUCUGCCACAAAACAUUCACCAUCCCACUGCAAAGACGAUAACCGAGCUCUCAAAACUCCUCAGUGCUAAAAUCCCAGAGACAACUGGAUAUACUUUGUUCUACUCCGCUGCUCACAUGGCAGUGGCCCGAGUCAUUCGCAGAAUGUGCGCAUACCCCCUUCCAGAACAAGAUGAAGAAAACCUUCAAUCUAGUCAACAGAGUUACAGUUUGAGGAACAUGUGGCAAUCCCAAUCCCAAUCGGAACCAUUGAAAGAAGGCAGUGACAAGUUCCACAUGUAUCUGCAAUGUCCAGAGAGAGUUGCCAACCAAUUCAUCGAUAGGGUAACUGAUUCUCUUCUCAAAACUCAAAACAAGGCCAAGAGGGUAAUUUACAUCGAAACUCUGUCCCUCACAGGACUGCCUAAAGUGUUGCCCACUCUGAGAAAGUACGUCCACGGUAACCCUAAAGACAGGAGUAUCUUCCCUGGACUCACCAUCAGCUACGUCGACUACAUCAAGACAUCGACCAUCUUCGCCCUCCACAACCUUGCUGGUAGAUCUCCAAGACAAGUUCAAGACAUGUUAGUUCCAGUGUUCUUCAAUGUGACAUUACCUCCUAAAGUCAGAAAUUCCGCCUUCAGUGUUUUAGUGAAAUCUCAGCCAACUUUGGCUCUUUUGGAACAGAUUGCUGCUCUAAGCUGGAGAGAACCAAGUGAGGAAGUAGCCAGCUACGUUACUUCCACUUUCGAGUCUUUCGGAAACAGUUCUCAACCAUGCUACCAGAGUCUUUCUCAACGCCUCAGAAAGGUUUAUCCUCAACUGAAGAGGCAUGAUGGUGGAAUAUUCAAAGCCAAAAACAUUCUUUUGGACGUGUUUGACGAGUUGACCGGUUAUGGAAUUGAGAAGCGUUACAACUACAUUCCAAGCAACGAAUCUUUUAUUCCAAGUAUUUUCUACAGUUCUGUUGGAUAUAAUGUUGGCAACCUUAAGGACUAUGCUUGUCAAGUUGCAAGUAAUGUUCAAGGAAUAACCUUCGGUCAAAUCUACGAAGAAGUCCUUAAACGUGUCAGUUUGUCAAGCCCCGCUGAUAUCCCAAAGAAGUUCGAAACAACUCUCUUCAAAGACGUAACCCUUGUAUCACGUGACCCUGAACCUUGGAAAGCCAUUUUCUUCCAUAAGAUUUUCUACUCCACUUCCUAUUACUACUUGGACGCUAAUGAUUUCACCACACAAGAUCUUUACAAGAUGUUCCUGGACUUGUUCACAUACUACGUCAAGGAGCAAGGAUCAGAAGUCAGCGGACAUUUUGUCAAACUCUACAUUCCAACUUCAUUCCACAGUAAGAGCAUCUUCAAAGCCAUUCCUUUCCCUACUCAGUUCGAAAUGAAGAGCCCACUUCUCUUAUCGCUAAAAUUCAAGUUAACUUAUCCAGCUGAGAAAACUUUGGAUUACAAAAUCGAUGUCCAACCAAGUGUAUACCACUCACACAUUUUCGUCAAUGAGAUUUUGAACUUGGGUGACUGCAAGAGGGUUGGAGUUUACUACGAACAGAAGACAGCUGCCUCUUACCCAUUCUCAGCUGCCAUCAACGUCCAAAGGGGUGGUAAACUCAGCUUUUCAUACAAAGUAGCCAAACUCCCCAAGACAAUUGUUUCACACAGAUCUGAGGCCGGAACAUACUCCGGAAAAGAAUACUUGACACCUCUACCAACUCAGGAGAGGAGAACCAUCAAGACACAACCCACUCAAUUUAAGUAUCCUGUGUCUUUCGACUACCCUGGACAGCCAAAAUUCACUGGAGAAAUCAAAACUGAAGAUCUUCCAUUUUCAAACGAUCCCCUUCCGCAAAAUUGGCAAGAAGCUGCGCUGUACGUUCACAGGCUUUACAUGAAUUCUGGAUGGAAACGAAGAUCCGUAGAGAUCCAAAGAGUACCCAAAGCUAUUUUCAGAGACGAAAGCGAUGAAAUUGAAUAUGAACUUAACUAUUGGAGGGAUCUCAAGCACUCAAGCGAAAAAGGAUCAGAAGCUAACUGGAGCGAAGGCUUGAAAUUCGAUGAUAAACUCACCGAGACGAACACAAAAGCUUAUGCCGCUGAGGGUCUGAAGAUAUACGAAAAAAUUAACACCCUGAGCCACAUCAAGGACAAUUUUGAGGUUAAAGUACAUCACAGAGUUGCAUCAAAAGAGAUCGAAACGACCGAAAUCAGUUUAAAAUACUAUCACACUUUCGGAGGAUAUUUACACUUGGUGCACGUGAAUGGCUCAACAUUAACACCCCGACAUACCAAAAGAUAUCCAUUGGCUGCUGAUUUCGCCACUGGUUACAUUAACAUGCCCAAUGAAUUUAAAUACGAACAGAAGUAUGAACAGCAAGGAUUGGCGAUUGGAGCAUUUGCCUACGGUGAUUCAACAGCUUUCAUGCAUCCAGCUAUCAUUUCUAAGGCUGUAUUUAAUUACAAACCUGUGGGCGAAGUGCUACCUUUGGAGAAACGAGUGACUUUUGAACCAGAUACCAGUGGAGAAUGUAAAAAGGAUGCUGCCGCAGGGGCCGCCCAUUCUCCAGCAUGCAUCAAGGCCAUCAGAGAAAAAUCUAUCUACAACCACCUGAGAAUGCAAACUAUCUGGGGAGAGGAAGUUCACGAAUUAGUAAAGGAUAUCGGAAAUUACCUUGACAUGAAAAUGAAGCACGAUUACUUCUCCCACGUUAAAGUUGACAAGAAAUCGGACGAGACAAUUUCAUUGCGAGUCGAAGCAACAUACAUUGACAAGAUGACUAGCAAGCCAGUUGUUAAUAUUCUAGUUGAUAAGCCUACAGAGAUAGUCAACUACACAAUGGUCCCUGCUGGAAUAAUGAAGCCUCUCUCCAGCAUUGAAAGUGUCUAUGAGACUUAUGCUCAUGAUUACAGUAACAACACAUAUCCUGCUUCUUGUUCAUUGACUGGCAAUUAUGUUAAGACAUACGACAUGAAAGUUUACGAAAUGGCCAAGCAUGACUGCUCCUACGUCUUGACAACCCACUGCACUGAACACAAGAAGUUCGCUGUUAUAGUCAAACGCAGUCGUUCUUCAGUUCCCGAACUCCAAGUUCACCUUGGGGAGGAUAAAAUCAUUUUGAAUCCAGGAUCUGGAUCUUCCUACCCAGUGAAAUUCAACUCCCAACAACACUCCCUCAGCACCCUGCAACACGUAAUGUUGAAUGAAUCCGCCUUGAUUUCAGCUCAAGUGUUCCUGACAACCGACGGCAGCUACGUUCAGAUCCACGCUGUGAAAGCCGGUGUUAAAGUUUUGUACGACGGACAAUACGUCAAAGUACAAGUAAAUCCCAGAUAUAAGGGAGAACUAUGUGGACUCUGCAGUGAAUACAAUGGUGAAAUCGCCAGGGAAUACAGAGGUCCAGACAGAUGCUUGUAUUUGGACGGAGAAGGUUUUUCAAUAUCAUCCAUUGUUGGCCGAUGUGGAGAAAAAUCAACCAGAGUACCCCGAUUGUGUGACAAUGAAGAGAUUCAAGUCCACUGGGCCAGAGGACACGGUGAUUCUGAAGAGGACAGCAGGGAAGGAUACGAACCAACUUCUAAAAGGAACAUAGUUACUUCACAGGGUAGCAAAAUCUGCUUUUCCACAAAACCAGUCCCAGUAUGUGAAAACAGUGCCCAACCCACCAUGACUGAAUCACGCCAAGUAGACUUCCAUUGCCUGCCAAAACGAAACCUUCACGCCAGGAAGAUGGUUACUGAAUCCAAGAGGAGAAUUCUGGGAGAACUCGAAACUAAGACCGUCGAUUACUCUGAUAGCAUUGAAGUUGCCAAGAUGUGUUAAGAAUCUGAGCACCUCAUGAACUUUUAUUAAAUCGGUUAUUUACUUUCAGAUCUAAAAUAUGUACAAUUUUUUUUACAAAAAUGUGUAUAAAAGAUGAUCAAUAAACAUCAUAUUAAAAAAAACUUUUAA